AUGGUACCUACAGACCCUCUGCGAACCCUUUUGCUCCCCGUCCUUGAAGCUUGCCCUUUACAAGCCGGUUCUCUGUACACCUCAUACAAGGACCUCUCGCUUUCUGUGGAAUGGCAUGACCUCCGCGCCUUCGUCCUCCCAGGCACAGAAUGGGCCGUCAUCCUAGGGCACAAGAAACGGCAGGACCCACUUCGCGUAGUCCUCCCCCUCCCACUGCACACCACCGCCCUCAAGCCCUCCAUCCUCAAACUCAUCUACUCGACGCUCGCUUCCCUCCCUUUUUCGGCUAUACCAGUGCCGGACGAUCCCCUCGUUCCUUCUAUUGAGGAAGUGCAGCGGGAAAUGGCCAGUCGGCGGGUGACAAGCGGGGACGCGGAGACGGGGGAGGGCUCAACGGAGAAGGAGAAGGACAACGGGCAGGAGGCGGCGGAGGUCAACGAGUCGAUUGACAGGGAGACGAUAUACCUCGCGAUUGUCACUUCGGACUCUACCGUCGUGUACUACAAGUUGAGCAAGGGGAUCAAGAAGCCGGCGGAUAUUCCGGAUGAGUGA